UCUCACAGGCUCACCGCGACCAUGAGCAGUGUGGCCCGCCCCGACCCAGCGGAGACGCCCGAGGAGCAGCGUUUCCUCAGCACUGAGGAGGCGGCUGCCCUGGAGCGGGAGUUGCUGGAGGAUUAUCGCUUUGGGCGGCAGCAGCUGGUGGAGUUGUGUGGCCAUGCUAGUGCUGUAGCUGUGACCAAGGUGUUCCCCUUGCCUACUCUCUCCCGGAAGCAGAGGACAGUGCUGGUCGUGUGUGGCCCGGAGCAGAACGGGGCAGUGGGGCUGGUCUGUGCCCGGCACCUGCGGGUGUUUGAGUACGAACCGACCAUCUUCUACCCUACACGCUCACUGGAUCUGCUGCACCGGGACCUGACCACCCAGUGUGAGAAGAUGGACAUCCCCUUCCUGUCCUAUUUGCCCACAGAGGUCCAGCUCAUCAACGAUGCCUACGGGCUGGUGGUGGAUGCCGUGCUGGGCCCUGGCGUGCAGCCGGGAGAGAUCGGGGGCCCCUGCACGCGUGCGCUGGCCACACUCAAGCUGCUGUCCAUCCCCCUUGUGAGCCUGGACAUUCCCUCAGGCUGGGACGCGGAGACCGGCGGCGGGGACAGCGAGGACGGGCUCCGGCCCGACGUGCUGGUGUCGCUCGCCGCGCCCAAGCGCUGCGCCGGCCGCUUCUCCGGCCGCCACCACUUCGUGGCCGGCAGGUUCGUGCCCGACGACGUGCGCCGAAAGUUCGCUCUGCGCCUGCCGGGAUACUCGGGCACCGACUGCGUCGCGGCGCUGUGACCGCCCCCCCCCCCGCGUCCCGGCCGCCUGGGCCCGCGCCA